AAUGCCAAAAUAUAUCCUUGCACAACUAUGCCUCCGUGUCAUAAUUGUGCCUACAUAGCACACUUUAUAUGUGCUUUUUUUGGAGUAUGCUGUAUAUAUAAUCUACCUGUUGUUUUAGAGUUUGUUCGUUUUUUUAAGCUGCUUGAAAAAAGUGGACUUGUGCAUUGAGGAUUCUGUUCUUGAGACCAGGGCGUUCAAGCAAUUGUGUGCCCUUGAUUUUAUUCCAGCUGCUCUAAUGUACACGAGCAAGAUUUGAACCAGGCCAGGGCAGCCCCUGUGCUCUCAGUGUGCUGCGUUUCGAUGCGUAUUUACUAAGAACAGCUGAGAGAACUAAAUCUUUAUGUUUCCCAGCUGUGAAAUGCCUUCCUUCGGCAGGAUUCCACACCGCCUCUCCCUUCCCCACACAAGCCCCGUCUUUUCUUCCAGGGUUUGUUUGUGAAGAGACUUUUGGGAACGGUGCCUCCGAGCCGUCACACACUCUGGCGUUCAGCCCGGUGUUUUGCAGGAGGAGAAACAUUUCUAGUCAGCAAUCGCCCAGCUUUUCUGUUAUGGGAAGUAGCGAGGCAACGGUCAUUAACCGUUUGUCAGGAACAGCAGGAAAGGCUCUGCGUGCCGACGGCAAGCGGUGGCCGUGGUAGGAUCCUGUCAACAAUCCCCUUGUAUGUAUAUGCCUGCAUGUGUAAACCUCCUUUGUAAGAGUGCCCCACACGGAUCCAGACUUGGGAGUCAGAAUGUGGGCUCCAGACCCCAUUCUGAAAGCCAAAUUCACACAGAGCCAGUGUUCAAAAUUCGCCAGCCGCAUUUUGCACCUGCCUACCGGCCCCUUGCAACCAAGUGAAGAUGCCCAGGCUUCAGAAUGGCGCAUGACGCCUCUACCAUCUGGAGGUGCAUACCUUGAACCUUGACUGUUUUCGCACACUAGCAACACAUCCUGCAGAAUUCCAUCCGUUAUAUUUUAUCUGCACAAUCAGAACAAAUUUUAGGAACCAAAAAGUCGUAUUGGGAAAAUAUGACUUUUGUGCUGUCUGGCCUCAAAAUGGCGACUAGACAUUCCGCUUUGGCAACGGUAACCCUGGUUUAAGGAGCCAUUUGGGGCCCAGCUUAUAUAUCUGAGUUUCUAAAAACUGCCUGGCGCCUGAUAGUUAUUUAGUGAGGAGAAAGCACACACUUCUCAUCAUGUUCCAAGGCUGAACCAUGGAAUUGAGAACAGGGUUUUUGUGUGUUUGUACUGGGAUGUUUUUAGUUGCUUUUUAUCGGACUUGCGCUGUCUGUGCGGCGCUGGGUUCUCGUGGCUAGAAAGGGCUGUAAAAGGAAAUAGCUGUCCAACUAAGCCACUGAAAGCAUCAAAGGAAAGUGUUCCGGAGACAUGUGGAGCAGUGCAACUUUUAUAUCUUGGCCUGUACACGAGAUUGUACUGCAAUCUGAAAUGCUUCCGCCUUGAAGGCUCUCUAAGCCUCAGCUGUUCAGAACUGUUGCGCUUUAGGUUGCCUUCAAAGCGAAAGCAUUUCAGAACACGGCAUAAUUUGAAAGUUGCACCGUCCGGCCUGCUCCAGACGAGUGGAGGCGGCGUAUAUCAGCUGGGAGAAGGCAUUCUGUGCAUGCUCAGAGACACACUCGUGCCAUGAUUUCCUGCGCUGGACUGUGGAGCUGCCACACCAUUGCAGGUCCCGGAAUCUGUGUGAAAAUAGUUGGAAGCAGUUGCUUUCUUUCCACAAUGGCCUGUCUCCCCCAGUACCACCUGGUCUGACUAGCAGUGGAUUUCCAAGGUGUCAUGCAGGGACUUUCACAGCCCUCCUACCCAAAAUUCUGGGCUCCAUCCUCAUGAAAAUAUGUGUCCUGCUAUUGGGCCCUAACUCUGAAAAAUCCAGGUCUCUCGGCCAGCUAAGAAAUUUGCAAUGUUAUUUAGGCAUGGGGGAAUGUGACUCCAACAUGGCAAAGCAGGGUGUGGAUGGGGCGGAGGUGUUGAUCUGGGAUUCUGGGGGCCGCAGGUCUAACCCUGGGGACGCCUCCACCUCUCUCAAUUUUCCACGGGAGGAAAUUCAAGCUGGUGCAAAUGACGAGAGGAGCUGGGGGCUUGUUUUUGUCUCCCUGGACUGUCCGAUAAAUAUGUAGAUCAGAGGUUAAGAGAGCUGUGGCUUUGUGGUUGCUGUGCUUAGCUUUUAAAAUUGCAGCGUUCAGAGUUCAGCAGGUCUUGUGACAAGCCUAGCGUAGAGGCAAGGCGCUUACACUCUCCCCUCCUGCCCCGUCUCCCCUGGCAGCUAGGCAGCUUUUGUCCGUGACUGUCCUCUCACUGCUUGGACUCGCUUGCUCCUGCCCAGGCUGUCUGCUAACUCCUCACGGAGCAGGUUACCAUGUGAUUCCAGAACUGGGCAGAAGCAGCAAUAGAUAUGCAUUCCAACCACAAAGCUGAGAAUGGAUGCCGGCCCCGAGAAGUUACCCAGUUGAUCAAGACACAUCUGGUGAACUCCAUCAAAGCGCUGCAGAAACAUUACGUGACCUCCGACGCCCUCGUAACCAGUGACGAUGGAGAUGCGAACACCCUCUGCUGCGCCCUCGAAGCAGUGUUUGUGCAUGGCUUGAAGGCCAAGCACAUCAAGGCAGAAUCGGGAGCAAAAGGGAGAAAAUUUGGCGGCCGCCUGCCACUUCCCCAGCCAGCCUUUUGGGCCCUGCUGAAAACUAUCACACACAGAAACAUCAUUUCUGAGCUGGAACACCUGGACUUCAUCAACACAGACGUGGGCCGCUGUCGUGCUUGGCUAAGGCUGGCACUGAAUGACGGCCUAAUGGAAUGCUACCUGAAGCUCUUGCUCCACGAGAAAGCCCACCUCUACGAGUAUUACCAUUCCCCAGCCCUGCUUCUGGACACCGAGGAGGUUGAGUUCCUUCUCACUUACCUGCAAGGCUUGUCCUCCCUGGCUUUCGACCUCUCCUACAAGUCGGCAGUCUUGAACGAAUGGACGUUCACGCCUCUAUCCCUGUCGGGACUUUGCCCAGCCUCAGAGCCGCUUGUGAGUUUGGAGCCCCGGAGGAAAGAAUCGCUGGGCUCCCUCUCGCUGUCUUCUGGCUCAGAUGACGCCGAGGCUUCCCCAGCACUCUUGCCUGCCGUCAAAAGCCAACAGGCAGAGAAACUCACAGCAUCCGACCUGAGCAUCAGCACAACAGGUUCCUCACAGCUGUCCUCCAGCCUCGGCUCCGACGGCCUUCCCCCUGGGACAUCUGCUGCCACGCAGAACGCGGACAGGGGUGAGGAGCCAAUCUCGGAGGACACUGAACUUGCAACAGCAAAAGACUUGGACCAGUCCCUCCAAGAGGUGCUAGCAGAAUUCAGCAGAGCACAGGGAAAGCCGGAAUCGGCAGAAGCCAAGCAAGUUGACACCCUGUCGGCUUCUUCCUCACUGCAGUGCCCCUGUCCCGCCACUGAUCUCUGCACCACACGCCUUCCUUGUCCUGUAACAGCUAAACACACUGCCAACAUCAAACCACCUCCUGACGCGGCAGACUCACAGCUUCCAAGUCCAGGUGACCCACCUCAAACCAAGGAAGCAGCUCCCAGUACCCGGGUCCAGCAAGCGUCUGCGCUGGACACAGAAAACGUCGCGAAAGGAGUAGCGGGUGCACCCCAAACUCAUCGUAGCAUCAAGAGAGGAGGGGCUAAAUAUAGGAUCAGUCAAGUUGUUAUCCAUGAGGAAAGCCAUCCAAGGACAGGACGACUUCUCUCGCCAAUCUCACCUAAAACAAGCUGGAUCACCGCAGAUGACAUUUACCUUCCCUCUCCUCCUCCUGACGGAACAGCAAAAAGUCUCUCCCGUUCACUCAGUCCUUCGCCAGAGCGCCCUGCAGAUAGCCAGCCAUCAAUACCAAGCGGCACUCUGGAUCAAGACAAGCUUCACAUGACCUCAGCCAAGGCCAGGAAGCCCAAACUGUCCCCCGAGGUGGAAUCGAAGGGGUUUAGUGUCGUUCACCGAAGGCAAAUGGGCCUUUCAAACCCUUUCCGUGGUCUGCUGAAGCUGGGGACCCUGGAGCGUCGAGGAGGCAUGGGCAUCUGGAAGGAGUUCUUCUGCGAACUUUCGCCAUUGGAGCUGCGCCUUUUUGUGGACAGCGAGGAGCGGGUGUGCGUGGAGACCUGUUCCCUGCUGCGGUGCGAUUGCCUGGGCGCAGCUCAUAGCGACGGACGCUUUGACCUGACCUUCUCGGGCAAACGGCUGUGCCUCCGGGCCGCCUCUCAGGACGAGGCAGAGGAUUGGCUGGACCGGCUACACGAGGCACUUCAGAAAUGUAGGCCUCAGCCGGACGAAGGCUGGGAGACCCUGGAGGGCCCCGAAGCAGCGGAGGACCCGGAAGCGAACUCUGCCGGUGGUCCGCCCGGCGAGCUUUCGGCCCUCUUGCAAUACAACGGGACAGGCAGCAACGGGCUGGACUGGACGUGCGGUUUGGACCCCGAGCUGGAUGCGGUCAAGGAGUCUGUUCUGUACCUGGAAACCGAAAAGACGUGGGCCCCUUUUGUGUUCUCCUUGUCCUUAGAAGCCCUGAAGUGCUUCAGGGCCCGGAACGGGGAGAAAACGCUGAGCAACAGCUACGGUAUCGAGACCAUACAGGACAUCCUGCCCGAUGUGAGCCUGGGGGGCCCUGCCUUCUUCAAGGUCAUCACGUCGAAAGCGGUGCUGAAGCUGAGAGCCGAGAACGCGGAGGAGGCAGCCGACUGGAGGGACUUGGUCCGCCGGGUGCUGAUGUCGUACCUGGAGACGGCGGAGGAGGCCUUGAGCCUGGGGGGCAACCUGGACGGGAACUCGCAGGCCGUUUUGAAAAGUACCACCAAGGGGAAUGGCUUCCUCCUGAAGUACCUGGUCGCCAUCCCCACAGAGAAAGGCCUGGACUGCCAGAGCUUCAUCUGCGCGGGCUGCUCCAGGCAGAUUGGUUUUUCCUUCGUGAAGCCCAAGCUCUGCGCAUUCACAGGCCUCUACUAUUGCGACAGCUGCCACUGGGAUGAAGAGUCCGUGAUUCCUUCGCGGCUGAUUCACAACUGGGAUCUCACCAGGCGCCCGGUCUGCCGCCAGGCUCUGAAGUUCCUGUCCCAAAUUCAUAGCCAGCCCUUGAUCAACUUGAAGCUAGUGAACGAGACCCUCUAUGACCACGUGGACCACAUGAGCCGCAUCUACAAGAGCCGGGAGCAGCUAAAGCUCCUUGGUGACUACCUGGUCCUUUGCCGCAGUGGGGCCCUGAAGGAGAUCAGCAAGAGGCUCGAUCACCGGCACUACCUCCUGGAAUGUCCCCAUAAAUACAGCGUGGCUGACCUGAGGCAGAUAGCGGACGGCGUGUUUGAGACAUUCCUCCAGUCUCUAAUUCAGUUUGCCUCCCACCACGUCUACAAUUGCGACCUGUGCACCCAGAGGGGCUUCAUCUGCGAGAUCUGCAACAGCAACGACAUCAUCUUCCCCUUUGAAUUUGACACAACGACCAGGUGCAAGGUGUGCAAGACUGUCUUCCACGGCAGCUGCCAGGCAAAUGCCAGUUUCUGUCCUCGCUGCCUCCGCCGGGAAGAAUACCAGCAGAAGCUGCAGGCGUCCCUUUGCAAAUGACCUCGGGGUGCCCCACUCCCUGAAGAGGGGCAGGCCACGGCCCUUAGGGGGACAGGCCAGAAGACAGCUGGGAAAGGACAGGGGCAGGCUUUGGAGCGAAGAAAGGCCCCUGACUAGUCACACAACUCCUUUCCCCUGAAGGUCCCGACCCAUCAGGGAUCACAUGGGCUCUGGCGACAUCAGCUGUGGAUCACAUUUCCGACAGAGAGAGGUGGGAAGAAGGCAGUGGCUUUCUUGUGCCGAUCUGCUGCCGCCACUUGGAGCCAAUCCUUUCCCUUCCGUCUCUCUCUGGCCACUGCCAACAAAUACCUGGCUGCUUCGGGCGCAGCAAGCAUUUGAUACUACGCGUAAGACUUGUCGAACUUGGACUCCUAGGGAGACGAAACGUUGGUGGACAUUUUGAUUCAAACCACAAUGAGAAAGGGUGGGGGGUUUUCUGUCUUGUUUUUUAAAUUAAUGCACUUUGUAGCAGAGUUCUUGUGCCUUCUGCACUUUAUCGGCUCCCCCUGAAUUGCCACGUGCCAAACAGCUGCUGAAUCCUCUGGGAAACACAUUCCAACACCCUCCAAGCAAAGUGACCUUCUUAUAAAUAAUAAACCACUUCUCUGCUCCUUAUUUUUUAAUGCUAGGCCAAUGGAUUCCAGAGAUGAAUUUUUUAUUUUCCCUUUUAAUCUUCUAUGCAGAUAAUAAAAAAUAAUUUAAUAAGGAACUAA